AUGGCUUCUAUGAACAACUGGUUGGCUUUCUCUCUCUCUCCACAGGAAUUCCCACCGCCUCAGCCCCACCAGAAUCACAGGCUAAUCUCCGGCGAUGAUGUCUCUGCCGACUGCUUUGGGCUUACAUCAGAGUCCUCCACUGAAGGACUCAACAUCCCGAAUCUGAGGACGGAUGGGCCAUUUGGCAUCCUUGAAGCAUUCAAUAGGUCUCAGCCACAGUCUCAAGGUCGGUUAUAUGCCUCUACAGAGAUCCUGGGGACGUAUUUGUUUUCUUUAGAAACCAAACUUUAGUUGAGAACGAGGGAUGAUAUAUAUGCUCCACUAUAAAUUAUUGCACUUCUGAUCGAUACUCAUCCUGGUUCUCCGGGCGAUAUUUUUACUUAUUUCAACAGAUUGGAGCAUGAAGAGCCUAGAUUUCAAAGGGAACGCAUCGGAGCUGUCGAUGGUCGUGGGAUCCACAAGCAACCAGAACGACAUGGAAGUUGAAAAGCCUAAGUUGGAAGACUUCCUCGGAGGGAACUCCUUCCCUGACAACAACCGGAGCCUCCAGCCAGGGUGCAACUCGAUGGGCGGCACCUACGAUAACUCCGCGGCCUACAUGUUUUCCAACUGUUCCCUUCAGCUCCCUCCGGCUGCUUCGGCAGUCUCCGUUUCCGACACUGCAGGAGGCAGCGGAUCUAACAAUAGCAACUCCAUCGGGCUGUCGAUGAUCAAAACCUGGCUGAGAAGCCAGCCAGGCCCCCCGCAGCAGGAUGGCAGGGUGACCGAUAUGGUCGUCUCGGGCGGCGCUGUGUCAUCUUCUGUGCGGAAUGCUGGCGUGAAUCCGAGUAACGUUCAGAGCUUGUCGCUGUCGAUGAGCACCGGGUCUCAGUCGAGCUCACCCCUCCCGCUGAUGGCGGCGAGUGCAAGCGGCGGCGGUGGCGCGGAGAGCUCGUCCUCGGCGGACAAUAAGCAAAAGACUAAUAGUAGCGGAACCGCCCUCGAUGUACAGAGUGGUUCCAUGGAAGCAGCAACAAGGAAAUCCAUUGACACCUUCGGGCAACGGACUUCGAUAUAUCGCGGUGUAACAAGGUUUCGUCAUCCACUAAAGUCUCAUAUGGAAUCAUUAAUGUCUUUCUUAUCUUUAUGUUUACAUUAUUUUCCAUUGUUACACGUUCAUUUUAGAGAUCAUUCUCCUCAUCUAUGAGAGAGGAUCCGUGACCCAUGUCAUCAUCUCUUGUAUUGGUUUCUUCUCAAGUAAAAAUCGUGAUCCAAGGAUCUAAUACGCCAUUCUCGUCGAUAUCGCGCAGGGGAGAUCAGCCUCGGAUUUCUUACGACAUUUUCGACAUCUGUUCUCUUUUCGGAUGUUGUAUGCCUUCGGAAAGUGGUUUAUCCGAGAACCCCGCCGGUUCUCCCUUCUUCCCCUUCCAUUUUUGCCGAGGCUACGCAUGACAGUUCCUUUUUUUUUACGGCUGAGAACAUGAAAGUUCCAUAUUUUCCCUUUUUUAAAACGUACACUGGAUGCGCUACUCCUGGGCUCUUAUGAACUGCCCUUUAAUAUAUUUCUAGAGUCUGCUUUUGUAAUCUUGCAUUUCUUUUCCCCUUGCAAUCGCCAAGACGUACACAGGAUAGUACUCACACCAUAGAUUCAAACUAUUUUUGUGAGAGCAGACAAUAUUUUACCAAUGCUGGCUGCCUUAGACUUCCCCUUUUGAUAUUCGAUGAAACCCCCCGAGAAAACAGCUUCCUGAAAGUUCCCUCUGCAGGCAUAGAUGGACGGGUCGAUAUGAAGCUCAUCUGUGGGACAACAGUUGUAGAAGGGAAGGGCAGACACGUAAGGGCAGACAAGGUGUGUAUGCCAAGUAGUUUACCAGCGUUUAAAUCUAAAAUAACCAAACCCUCUGCUAAUUUACUUCUUUUUCCUUGUUAUUUUUAUCAUAUGUCGUCGUCCGGUGCGGGGUUGGAACUCUUCCUUCCAAUGCAGUGUACUUGGGUGAGCGUCAAACAGUAUCUGUUUUGUCCGGAUCUAGUUUCCUUAGUGAAAUAUCAAGGAAAAAAGACGAACUCCGGGGUGCCAUAUUUUCUAAGAUCAUUAUGUGUUGCUACAGGUGGCUACGACAAGGAAGAAAAAGCGGCCAGGGCUUAUGAUUUGGCUGCUCUGAAGUACUGGGGAACCACCACAACAACAAACUUCCCUGUACAGUUCUGAUCCCCUCGUCUUUGGGAUGGGUCUAUUAAACAAAUUUUUCCAUACAUAUCGUCAAGAUAUAGCAUGUGUUUAAUUGAAUGUGUUGGCAAUGUUGCUUUAGAUAAGUAAUUAUGAAAAAGAGCUUGAGGAGAUGAAGCAUAUGACCAGGCAGGAAUAUGUUGCAUCUCUGAGAAGGUAAUGCCUUUUACCCCAUCGGUCAACUUCCUAGGAAGGAAAGCAGAGCCAUGCUGUUGAUAGCUUGCUCCCUUAUCUUUGAUGCAGGAAAAGCAGUGGGUUUUCUCGAGGAGCAUCUAUCUAUCGAGGUGUCACAAGGUAUGUUCUUGCGGCCUUAGCUCUUGAAUACAUGCAUAGGUAUCAUCAGGAUAUCAGCUUUUUACUGUUAUGAGUAUCUUACUGUUGGUUUAAGAUGAUAAUAAUAAAGAUCUGGUAUGUUAAAUUUCUAAGAAAUUGCCGCUAGUAUUUGCCCCUCAUCAGAGCGACUUGUGUCACAGGCAUCACCAGCAUGGGAGGUGGCAAGCAAGAAUUGGAAGGGUAGCAGGGAACAAAGAUCUCUACUUGGGAACCUUCAGUAAGAUUCAAAGAUAAUUUUUAUAUAAAAAAAAUUAUGUUUCAAAAGGCAUUCUUCUUUUGUUCACGAAUACAUUCUAAACUUUAAUCCCAAAUACUGUUAUUAGAAAUAUAAAUUAUUUAUAAUCUGCUCAUUGUUAGCUGAAAAUAUGAAACAUACCUCUUGAUUUACUUAUUAUAUACUGAAAAAAUUUCAUCAAAUGACAAAAGAAUAGGGGAUGAUGAAAAAAACAUGGUUUCUAAACUGUAGAACUACAUCUUCUCCGUACGCAGGCACCCAAGAAGAAGCAGCGGAGGCUUACGACAUCGCCGCCAUUAAAUUCCGAGGUCUCAACGCCGUCACAAACUUCGACAUGAGCCGAUACGACGUCAAGAGCAUCAUUGAGAGCAGCGCCUUGCCAAUUGGAGGCGCGGCAAAGCGGCUCAAGGAAGCCUCCGAUCACAACGAAGCCAGCAUCGACGGAAGGAGGAACGACGACCGCGUUACAUCCCAACUCACAGAGGGAAUUAGUAACUACGGAUCACACCAUCAUGGAUGGUCAACGAUCGCAUUUCCGCAGGCGGCGCCACCGCCUUUGGCCAUACCCUACCCGUACGGACAGCAACGUGUCUGGUGCAAGCAGGAGCAGGAUACAAUCACGGCAUUGCAGGACCUCCACCAUCUCCAGCUGGGCAGCGCCACCCAGAGCCUCUUCCAGCCAUCGGUUUUCCACAACCUGGUGGGCUUGGACUCGUCUUCGAUGGAGCAUAGCUCGGGCUCUUCGAACUCGUUCAUCUAUAGCGGCGCAGGCGGCGGAGGUGGCGGGACCCACCACGCUGUCGUCGGCGGGGGAAACGGCUAUUCUGUUCCCCUCGGUACGGUACCGGCCGACCACAGCCAUCCCAGUCAAGGGCUUGGCGGGCUGGGCGAGAGUGAGGUGAAGCAGCUAGGUUAUGAGAACCUGUUGGCAUCCACCGAUCCGUACUCGAGUCGGAAUAUCUACUACCUCUCCCAGCAGUCCUCGGCUAGCGUUCCCUGCAACAACUGGAUUCCCAACUCCGGGCAAGCCGUUCCUCAGAGGCCGAGUAGUAACAUGGCGGCAGUCUGCCUUGGAGCGCCGAUAUUUUCGGUUUGGAAUGACGCUUAG